CCUGUAGAUGAGGGCGCUCUGGUAGUUGUCCGUCUCGAUGGUAAAGGUCGUCUCCUGUUUGGCGGCAGAUUUGGAGAUGGAGUCUGUUGAUGAUUUGACCAAAGUGAUAGAUUCCAUUCAGGACAGCGGGCUGUCAGGAGAGUCGGUGAACGCGGAGAGAGACGAUGACAAUGCGGUGUUCUUAUGUAGCAAGUGCAAAAGGCCGCUGGGGGAUACGUGUGGGUGGAAGGGCAGUGACCCGGAGGAGCACUGUAUAAUGCUCAAAGCUGUCUCCACGUAUGUGACCGUGGAAAAAGAACAGGUGCUGUCGAAACAGCCGUCCGAGUAUGGUUGCAUAUUUGAAAACUUGUUGUGCAGCGGCUGCAACUCAAUCAUCGGCAAGAUCUACAGGUGUACUCCGAAACAAUUUGAUUUCAAAAGGGAUCUUUUCUGCCUCGAUGUAGAUGCUGUUGACAGUUAUAUCUUCGGUUCUGCAUCCCAGCAAGCUGUUCCAGAAUCUGAGGAGCCUGUCCUUUUUGAAAAUCGUAUGGCCCUCGAGGAGGAAAUAGAAAAGGCCAAAGCAGUUCUCGCUGUAUUGCAGUGCAAACUGGCGUCCCUUGAAACCAGCCUUCUACAUGAUAAAGGCUGACAUUCUAUCCGUGUUUCUGACACGGGGACCUUCCCGGGUUUGGAGAUCAUCAUGCUUCCGCAUUCUACAGCAGCUGUUCAAUAAAGGUUUUUUACUUUAUUUACUUAA